AUGUUUAUCGUUGAAAUAUUAGAUCUAAUGCAAGCUCAACUAGCAGGUGCUAUGGCUAAAGCUGAAGUUGAGGCCAAACUUGCUGGUAUGGCUCUUAAAUCUCCAACAAGUCCGACAUAUGCACGUCGUUUAUAUGAUCGACAUCCUGUAGAAUUUUUAUCACCUGAAGCUGCCAUUUAUUCUGAUCCUGCUGCUGCUCUCGCUCAACAAAGAGCUCGACUUCACCAAUCUGGUAGUCGUAGUACUUCUUUAUAUUCUUCUCGUCCAAAAUCUAUGGUUGCAGAAAAUGAUCAGUCCGUUUGGACUCCAGGUUCUGCCUCUGGUUCAAAUAAUAAUAAUAAAGAUAGAACAAGUAAUGGUCGACCAAAAUCUGCUGAUUUAAGUGCUCUUCCUUGGUCUCCUGCUAGUUAUUCUAUGCGUUCCCCUAGACCAAAUGCUUUUGAUGGCGAGUUAUCACCUCUUGUUGGUGGAAGUUGGGCUAGUAUGGUAUCAACACCUGUGGUUCCGAUGUUUGCCGAAAAUAAAAAUAAACAAACUGCCGAUGUAGAUAUGGUUAAUAAAAAAUUAGCAAAUUGGAGUGUUAGUAAUAGUUCUGGUAAUCGUGUUGUAUUAGAAAGUGAUGUUAAAAAAUUCCGUCGAAAUCAUGGAAAAUCUAGUUCUGGUGUUCCUGCUACUGUUCAAGAAGAAAAAUAUAACAAUCAAGCAAAUAUUGUUUUAUCUAUGUACGAUACUGAUGGAAAUAUGCGCUCACCUCAACAUUCUCCUAUUCCAAGUCCAAAAUCUCUUGCCAGGCAGAAUUCACGUCCAACUUCUCCUAAUCCUAAUCCUCCAGGAUUAUAUCCUGCUUGGAAUCAAAAUACCGGAGGUGGAAAAAAUACUCAUCUGACACCACCUAAUGCUGGGUCUUAUGGUGAAGAGAAUGGUGGAUAUCACAGUGAUCAUAGUGAUGCUUCUCAUAAUAACAAUCCUCCAACAACGAAAGGUCAUGGUAAAAAUAAAAAGAAACAAAAUGAUGACACUGUUGAUUUCAAUUUAUUACAAGAUAUUCCUGCUUGGUUGCGUAGUCUUCGUUUACAUAAAUAUACAUCUGUAUUUGAAGGAAUGAAAUGGCAAGAUAUUAUUGAUUUAGAUGAUUCUUCACUAGAAAAAAAGGGUGUUGCAGCACUUGGAGCUAGACGCAAGAUGCUUAAAGAAUUCGAUAAAGUUAAGGCUGCUAGGGUCGAAAAGGGAAUAUGA